AUGAGCAAUUUCAACGCCAUCGUGCAAACAAUAUCAAUCAUAAUUGUGCUGUUCUUCGUACCUGCUAUGGCUAGAUGGAACAGUAGUCAUGCAAACAGUACUCAAUACGUGAUUAAUUGGUCAGGCUAUAAAUGGUAUAUAGUUCAUGCUCAGAGUAGUGUUCCAGGUUCAAAUCAUUGGAACGCGAGCAACGUGUUUGUUGAUUCGAGAGGCAGGUUACAUCUCAAAAUAACUCGUUCGGUGACCACAGGUGAAUGGGAUUGUGCCGAAUUAUUCUCUGACGCCAAAUUUUUCUAUGGCACCUACCGAUGGAAAGUGCAAGGAAGACUUGAUCUCUUAGAUCCGAAUGUUGUACUGGGUCUGUUUUCCUAUAGUGGUCCUAGUGGAUCCAAUGAAAUAGACAUUGAAGUUUCAAAAUGGGGACAACCAGUUCAUCAUCCAAAACAUAUUUACUAUACUGUGUAUCCUGGAAAUGGGACUGCAAAACAACGUGUAUCUUUAGGGGCAUCACUCUCCCUUAACGGUGCAUAUACCACUCAUUGGUUCACAUGGACACCACCCAAAGUUAUUUUUGGUAGCCAACAUGGAUUUCAAAAUACACCGAAUAAACUGAAAUUUCUCUCCUAUGAAACGCCAUCAAACUUUACUGAAGAGAUGCCAAAAAUAGCUAAUCGCCUUCACAUGAAUCUUUGGCUAUACGAAAGUGUUCCACCAGCAAAUCGUAAAGCAGUCGAAGUGAUUAUUCACGAAUUUACAUAUACUCCACAUUAA